GUCGAGGGGGCUAGCUCGCGAACGGAGCGAUCUGCUGGCCGCUCUUUCUCCUUUGUCGGUCAUCCCUCCGCGUCCAUCUCUGAUUUUGAGAUUGAUUCGCGGUUUUUCUCUUUCUUCGAUCGAUCGAAGCUUGCCCUUGAAUUAGAUCCCUCGGGUUCGGUCUUGUGUCUACUUUCAUGGUGGCGAUGAACCCUGGCAAUAAGGAGGGCGAGCCAAAACCUUGGGAGGAUCGAGAGCACAUUUACAGGGCAUGGGGACUUCUUCUCUUCGGUGUUAUUGGUGCCACCGCCACCACCGUCGCGGUUAGUCAGUUGCGCAGGACUGGCGAUUGGUUCUACUCUCAGUUAAAAAAAUCAGAGUCAAGUACUUCAUGGAGGAAUACAGCUAAUAGUUCAAACCGUGGAGGUUAUAGUGAUGAAUCUCGGAAAAGGUAUAACCAGAGAAUGCAUGAGGAAUCCGAGGAGGAACGUGCAAGAGUGGAGCGAAUCAGGCGCAUGCAAAGAAUAUUUAAUAGAGAGAGAUAUAAAUAUAAGAAGAGCUAUGAGCGUUGGAGGGACAAUGACCACGGUGCUUAUCAUAGUCCACAAGAUGAUUGGUAUUACAGGACAAAUACAUAUUACCAAGAACGAAGAACCAAUUACGACUUCAGCCCAAGGCAUGGUGGAAAUUAUUCAAUGUCUCACCAUUACAAAGUCUUAGGUCUUGACUGGUCGAGGCCAGCGCCUUUUUCUGACGCUGAGAUAAAGUCGGCUUUCAGAGCUAAAGCUUUGGAGUACCAUCCUGAUCAAAAUCAAGAUAAUAAAGAAACUGCAGAGGCAAAGUUCAAAGAAAUAAUGGCAUCCUAUGAAGCAAUAAAGGAGGAGAGGAAAAAUUGAAAUACGUGUCAAUGCCAACCAUUGUUGUAAAAUCCGGAGAAUUGUUAGGAGAACAUUAUUUUUUUUUUAAAAAAAAAGUCUAUAUAAGAAAUAAUGUUUAUGGAUUUUAAAAGCAACGGUCAGGUCCUAUCAUCUCUUGUUGCAUUGGGACAAUCCAACCAUUUUUUUUUAUUUUUUGUGAGAAGUGUGUUAAACUUAAGGAACGCUUUAACAAAAGUAUAACUUACAUGGAUGAUUCCUGUUAUUUCUGUGGGAAA